UAAAUUUUCCUUUUCUUUUUGGUGUAUUGGGGUUCAUUUUCUGGGGAACCAACCAGAAAAUCCUAUCUGCAGAGAUAUGAACUUGCCGCUUCACUCCGGCGCCUUCCACCUCCGGCACGAAUUUCCUGCGAAUGGAACCCUAGUCUUGGCCAAGUUGAAAGAGCCAGACGCUGUACGACGUCGUCGAGCGCUGAGAAGAGUGGAUAGAGAGCUUUCUAAGGGAAACCACAAGGCAGCUCUCACUUUGGUCAAGCAAUUGCAGGGUAAGCCUGGAGGCCUCCGUGGCUUUGGUUCUGCCAAACAGGUUCAUCGAAGAAUCUCAUCUUUGGAUGAAUUAAAGCUCAGUGGAAUAGACAUAUCAUAUCUUCAAUCUUUAGUUGAUUCAAUUCUGAAUUCCAUCGAGCGCAGUAUUGAAUUUCAAUUAUCGGAACAGGUCUCCGUAUUAGAACUGAAGAAUAUGAUGCACAGUGGAAGCUAUGAGUCUCUCUGUGAAGAUCAUCUAAUGUGUAUGCAACACGAAGCUGGUCAUUUUUUAGUUGGCUACUUGCUUGGAGUGCUACCAAAAGGAUAUAAAGUGUCUAACAUGGAAGCUUUGAGACAAGAAAAAUUUGCACGAGGAAGGGUAGAAUUUUUGGGAUUUGAAUUUCUCAGAGACGAUCAGUUUUGUCUGGAAUGUAAAGGAUUUCUUGGGGCUGGUGCAAAGGUUAUGAUUGAUACUACAAAAAUAUUACAGAACUUCUCCAAGGGAAAAUUAUUUGAUGGAGCCAAUAGAGGCAAGAUUUCAUCCACGACUUUGAAUAAGUUUUUAUGCGUAAUCUUAGGAGGCUUAGCAGCAGAGCAACUGGUGUUUGGAUACUCUGAAGGACUUCAUUCUGAUGUGGAAAAGUUGAAUAGAGUGCUUAAAUGGUUGGGUUUCACAAAGAGUGAAGCUGAUUCUCAAGUAAAAUGGGCUGCUGUAAAUACUCUCUUAAUAUUAGUUCGUCAUCAAGAAGCUCGAUCCAGAGUAGCAGAAGCCAUGGCUUUGGGAAAGUCCGUUGGCUCUUGCAUUGAUAUAAUAGAGAACACAUUAAUUGGCAAAGAAAUAUAGAUAUAUUAUUACCUUUUGUUUCUGCCAAAACUAUCUUCAACGCUUUGUCUCGAAUCUUGUAGUUAGACAGAUCAAAAAAAAAUCUUUCAAAGCUUUCUAGUCAGAGUUGAAAACUUGCUCCAAAUUGUGCAAAUUUUAUGAGAAGUCAAUAAGCCUAACAGAUUAUUAAUUUGAACUCCAAACCUGUUAUUAAUUUGAACUCCAAGCCAAAUUAUAAAUUUUAUGAGAA